AUGGCCACACCAAUAGACAGGGCGAACUACCCCUCGUUCAGCAAAAGCGACACGAAAGAAUCCUCCCGCUCUUUCAGAAAUUCUAUCAGGAGUAAGAUUCCUGGAAAGAUAGCAAGCCCGCGAGCUUCUACCACCGACCUCCAAGAUUCUGGGCAAAGCAGCGGUCCUGAUAGAUCAGACACAGCUUCUGUCACUAGCGGAAAGUCUAGCAGAAAGUCACACCGCGGCUCUUCCUCUUCAUUGAAACAGGAUUUAAGUGCCGAUGAGCUCGAUGGUUCACGAGCUGGGGAUGACGAUCCUCAACGCCCACCUUCGCCCACACAAUCCCACUCUUUGGGACAUGGCCAUAACGCCGUCGAUCAAGCGAAGCGUUCGGGCGAAGUAGACCAAGUCUCAGAGGCACCCCCCAGUGGAGUGCGUCCUCCGUCAACCGCCCAGCAACAACCAAAACAAUCAAUCCUCCAAAAGAAAGACCAGCCUAUCCCAAGAGCGCCAGAGUCUUCUUCGAAGGAUACAACGCCAGCACCGAUGGAGCUAGCCUCCUUAAAGUCAAUAGACCUCGAUGAUAUGAUCGCAAGAUUGCUAGACGCGGCCUAUGCUGCAAAAGUCACGAAGACAGUCUGCCUGAAGAAUGCUGAGAUAUUUGCUAUCUGUACGGCUGCACGCGAGAUGUUUCUAUCGCAGCCUGCUUUGUUAGAGCUUGACGCACCUGUCAAGAUAGUAGGAGACGUGCACGGUCAAUAUACCGAUCUCAUUCGUAUGUUCGAAAUGUGCGGGUUCCCACCAAGUUCGAAUUAUCUGUUCCUUGGCGAUUAUGUUGAUCGCGGCAAACAAAGCUUGGAGACCAUACUACUGCUCUUGUGCUACAAACUCAAGUUUCCGGAGAACUUCUUCUUAUUACGAGGGAAUCAUGAAUGUGCUAACGUGACUCGAGUCUACGGCUUCUACGACGAGUGCAAGCGGAGAUGCACCGUCAAAGUCUGGAAAGCCUUUAUCGAUACUUUCAAUUGCUUGCCAAUUGCCUCUAUCGUAGCCGGGAAGAUUUUCUGUGUUCAUGGAGGCCUGUCCCCUAGUUUGUCUCACAUGGACGACAUUCGACAGAUCGCCCGACCAACCGAUGUUCCGGAUUAUGGCCUACUGAACGACCUGUUGUGGAGUGAUCCGGCUGAUAUGGAGACCGAUUGGGAGAGCAACGAGAGAGGUGUUAGCUACUGCUUUGGGAAAAAAGUCAUAAUGGAGUUUUUGCAGCGACACGAUUUCGAUCUCGUCUGUCGUGCCCACAUGGUCGUUGAAGAUGGUUAUGAGUUCUUCAACGACCGCAUCUUGGUAACUGUAUUCUCUGCGCCGAACUAUUGUGGUGAAUUCGAUAAUUGGGGGGCUGUGAUGUCAGUAUCAGGAGAAUUGCUCUGCAGUUUUGAACUCCUCAAGCCUCUCGAUUCGAGUGCAUUAAAGAGUCAUAUCAAGAAGGGGAGAAAUAAACGUCAAAGCAUGCUGAACAGCCCAGUACGUACAAAGUCCGCAGAGACGGUUGACUCGGUGUUGGAUUCAACUAGUCAUGAAUUCAACUUCGAGCAACGCGAUCUUGUAAGGCACCAUGUAUUAUAUCACUAA